AUGACGGUUUCCUACAACUUGGAUGUCUCGUCAACGUCCAUUAUUGCGUUUCUACGGUUACAAUUUCGAUGGCGUGGUUCCAUAUGGAAGUCUGUGUUGAAGGUUGCAUUCGCUAUCGUUACCACAAUUUAUCGCACUAACCAUUUUCUUUCGGAUGAACAAAGAAAAGUUUGGGACAAUUUCUCAGCCCUCUUCGAUCAAAAACUCGACUACAUUCCGUUAACAUUCAUGCUGGGUUUCUUUGUAACGAUUAUUGUUGGACGAUGGAAUGAUAUUUUCAAUAACAUGGGAUGGGUAGACAGUACAGCAUUACUAACAGCAACGUACUUGCGUGGCAACGACGAGAAGAGUCGCAUGACACGAAGAAAUGUGAUCCGCUACAUGGUAUUGACACAAGUGCUCAUCUUCCGAGAUAUAAGUAUGCAAGUUCGACGCCGAUUCCCCACUCUCGAAACUGUUGUGGCUGCCGGUUUUAUGACAGAAGCGGAGCGUGAUAAAUACUUAGCGCUUAACAUCAAGUAUACGAAAUUCUUCCUACCAAUCCAGUGGUGUUACACCCUAUUAUAUGAAGCUCGUGUAGCUGGGAAACUAAGUUGUGAUCUCAUGUUAAAUGAAAUAAUCAAGAAUGUGUCAGAUUUUCGACGGAGCCUUGCGCAACUUUGCAACUUCGACUGGGUGCCUAUUCCACUCGUUUAUCCACAGGUUGUUUUCCUUGCGGUCAGAUCGUACUUCUUUUUAUGUCUAAUAGCGCGACAGUCGGACAAUAAUCCGGUAGGUGUUGAUUUCCUUCUUCUUUUUCUUGCUUAUCCUCUUGUACCUCUCAUAAUGACUUCGUUGCAGUUCAUUUUCUAUGUGGGCUGGAUGAAAGUUGCCGAAAGUUUAAUGAAUCCACUCGGGGAGGAUGACGAUGAUUUUGAGUGCAAUUUCCUUAUCGAUCGCAACUUAAGUAUUGGGCUUUCUAUAGUUGAUGAGUGCUAUGGCGACUUACCGCUUCAGCAAAAGGACAUCUACUGGAGUGCUGGUAUUAUUGAACCGUUGUACGCUGCCGAUGUGGCCAUGAAGCCGAUUAAUCCACAAAUUGGCUCAGCUUCGCGCUAUGAGUAA